AUGUCCUCCACCGUCAACGAAGACAACCACGGGCCUGCUCCCGAAGGCUACGACACGUGGGAGAAAUACUGCGCCGCCACAACAGCUCAGUUCUGCUUCGACGCCCAACCUCCCAUCGAGGGCGUCUGGGAAAAGAUCCCCUCCCUCACCACCAACGCCAUCUUCGCCGCCCUCUUCGGCGUCUCCUUCAUCGCCUUCAUCAUCACCUACUUCCGCUCCCGCCGCCAGGGCACCUUUUUCACCGUCAUGAUGUGUCUUGGGCUGCUGUGUGAAAUCAUCGGUUACGCCGGGAGAGCCGCAUCGGCCAAGAACCCCUGGGACGACAUGGGCUUCAUGAUUCAGAUUGUGACUCUGACGAUUGGACCGGCGUUUUUGGCUGCAGGUAUCUACACUUGCCUGGCCAAGGUGGUGAGCGUCUAUGGUGAGGAGAGCAGCAGGUUGCCCGCCGGUUGGUAUACCCGCAUCUUCAUCCCCUGCGACGUCGUCUCUCUUGUCCUCCAAGCCUCGGGAGGUGGCAUCGCCGCCGCCUCGGACGACAUCGACCUCCUCAACAUGGGCAACAACAUCAUGAUCGCCGGUCUCUCCUUCCAGGUCUUCAUCCUCGCCGUCUUCCUCGCCGUGUCGGGCGAGUUCCUCCUCCGGGUCCGCAACCGCAAAAAGACCUACGGACCCGACGCCGGGUUCGAGCAAGCCGAGCCUGCCAAGUCCAUCCGUCAGGGGUUCAUGUUCAAGGCCAUCAUGAUCGCGCUCGCGGUCAGCACCGUUGCCAUCUUCUGGCGGUCGUGCUUCCGUGUCGCGGAGCUGUCCGAGGGCUGGAACGGCCCCCUCAUGGCGAGGGAGGAUCUCUUCAUCGCGUUCGAGUCGGUCAUGAUCCUCAUUGCCGUGGUGGUGAUGAACGUGUUCAACCCCUGCAUGGUGUUCGGUGUCAUGAUGAGCAGCAAGUGGAGGAAGCAGGGCGGGUUCAGAAAGUCCGAGAGCACGGCCACCACCUCCAGCGACGAGGAGCUCAACGUCCUCCGGCAGUCCGCUCAGGGCUCGAGGAGGGCAGCCGGUUUCGGAAACCAGAGGUACUACCAGAGCCAGGGGCAUCACAAUGGCAACCAGAACCAGAACAGCCGGUAUGGUGAUGUUUAA